ACUUACGAAAAGAGAAAAUUUUGGGUGCAAGAAUUUAGGGUUCAGGGUUCAAGCAAGCUUUAGCUUGCCACUGCAACUACACUUGCCAUUUCGAAAGUUCACGAAGGGGGGAUUGAUUUUGUUUGCUUCUCACUCAGUUACAGAGAGCUUGACAGGUAAAAAUGCCGCUAGGCGAAAGAGGAGGCUGGGACAAGAGUGAAUCAAAGUACUGCGGAGUGGAGACUGACUUUGACGAUGACGUGCCUGCUGUUCUUUCUUUUAACCUCUCCGCCGGAGGCUUUGAUUUCGUCCUCGCUCCCUUGAUGGAUCCUACUUAUAGGCCAAGCUUAAGAGAAGAGGACAUUCACGGCUCCCGUGCUCUGCCAUUUGCUGGUUCAGAUUUAGUUUUGAGCCCGUCCCAGUGGAGUAGUCAUGUUGUAGGAAAAAUUAGUUCGUGGAUUGACUUGGAUUCAGAGGAUGAGGUACUUCGGAUGGAUUCUGAAACUACCCUGAAGCAAGAAAUAGCAUGGGCCAGUCAUCUUUCCAUACAGGCUUGCCUUCUCCCUACUCCUAAGCAGAGAUCAUGUGCCAAUUAUGCUAGAUGUGUGAAUCAAAUUUUGCAGGGCCUAAACAAUAUGCAGUUGUGGCUUAGGAUUCCACUGUUGAAGACUGAUGAUGAUUCUAUGGGUGUAAACUGUGAUAUUCUAGUAAGUGAAGCCAUGCUCAAUUAGGUUACCUUAUGCUCCCUCUCUCUCUCUCUCCUCCCUCCCUCUCUCUCUCUCUUCUCUGUUAACCUCAAUAUCUAUCUUGGGUUUGAAAUGUUUCUUUUGAUGUAAAAGGAGAAAUUAUUGUUGCUUUUUCUGUGGUAUUAAUCUACUUCUGUAGAAGCUUUUGGUCAAUCAUUUAAGUUUCUACCAUACUGAAUGCCGAGGCAUUGGCAGGUCUUAGUAUCUAUUAGGAAACUUAUUC